AUGUUGUCGUUCAGCUUCAGAAGCGUUGAUGCCAACGUGUCGUUGGGUUUUGCUGAAGUGGCUAGGGAAGUUAGGAAGCAACUGAAUGCGGAGGUGCGCACGUAUAUCUCACGUGAUUUCCUUGUGACAUAGACCGGUGACGAAAUAGAAUUAAAGGUAGAGUUUGAUGGUACUAACUGUAUUGACACUUCUAGUAUCAAUCAUGCUAUUAAUGUGAAAAACCUUUUGGAGUUUUCAAAGGAUUACAGUGAUAAAGUUGAACCAACCAUGUUGCAUUAUGUGGAUGCAAGUACUAACGCUGAGUUACAUAAAUAUGCAAAUGCUGCCACUCCAGCUCAAGGUAAUGAUAUAAGGGCUGUAGACAAUGUAAAUUACAAUCAAGGAUUUGCUAAAAGACAGAAGAUAUUACAGCCAUCAACUGCCGCUGCUCUUGUUAAUUUUAUCAUAGCACUCGAUAGAUUUGGUUUUUUCAGAAUAAAAAGCCCCUAA